AUGUGGAAGAAAUUAGGGCUACCAAAACCCAUCCCCUCCGACAGUGAUGACGAGGCGCGGGACACACCUCCACCAGCCACCACCAACACCGAGACACCACCGGCCACAAGUACAGCAACAGAACGCACCGACUCACCGGCCACCCAGACCUAUCGCCGGCAAAAGAAGCGGCAAAGAACGCCGCCACCACCAUCCACCAUAGCCCCGCCGGCAAACCCUACGGGCAAAUUGCUACCUGAAGACACCACUUCCUCCGGCCAGAAACGGCCAAGAACACAGUCGCCACCAAGAUCAGAGCUGGAACCCACCAUUGCCAUACAUCCCGCAGGACUCAAAGAAAGUGGUACGCCCACUGAUUCCACCAACGAUGUGCCCACUGAUGUGCCCACGGACUUGCCAAGCGCUAUGCCUAGCGAUGUGCCCAGCACUAUGCCCAGCAACGUGCCUAGCGAUGCGCCUACUGAUUUCACCAGCGCUAUGCCCAGCGAUGUGCCCACCGAUGCACCCAUGGACUUACCAAGUGAUGUGCCUAGCGACGUGCCCAGCGACACACUCAGUGAUACGCCCAACAAUUUGCCCAGCAAUUUGCCCAGGCCAGCAUACCUAGAUCACAUCGUCAAAUCACUGACAUUCAACAAAAUUUCUGAGCGCACUAGGCUGCUUAAAAUCUCAUCCCUACCAUAUCACCCAGGGGCAGGAAAAUUCAUCUUGGAUAUUGGGUUGCCACCCAACUAUCUAGCAUCAUUCAAUAUAACAGGCCACUGA